GAAAUUGCUCGACGUCAACAUGGAGCAGAUACUGUUGAUGCAAUAACAUUAAUGAACAAUUAUAAUUAUUCUGAUUAUGAUGGAUUUAGUUUGUCUGAACAAGAUGCUGAAGAAUUAUCGAAACGAUUACAAAUUGGAAAGUCAAUUAUCACAUUCAAUGCUAAUCAAAUUCGUGGUAUUUGUUAUUAUUUUCUUGAAUUAUAUAAAUCAUUUCGAAAAAAUAUUCUACUUCAACAUGAUAUUGCCCUAGAAGAAUUCAUACUUAAUUCGAAACAAAUGGUCGUGCUACUUGAAUUCUAUCUACAACUAGAUGUCGAUAUAUUCUACAUGAAAACUUGUUCGUUUCGUGAAACUGAACCACAAUCCAUCAUGGAAGGUCUAUUCUGUGGAAAGGUUGAACCGCAUGCACGAUGUACAGUGUCUCCAUGUGUCAAUCCAUUUUGUUCAUGUUGUCAUGAUUCAUCCGCAACAGGUAAUGGUGCACAACAUCAAUUAGGACCAGUCGUUGAUUUCAAUACAAGUUCAAUGCAUCAAUUUUUGAAUGGAUAUACGACAUAUCUUAAUUGUCCAGCCACAUGUGCAACUCCAAAUAUAAUCUAUACAAUGACAUGUCCAUGUGGUUAUUGUGAUUAUGUCGAUUCAACUGCAAAGACAUUAAUUGAUGCAGUAGUUUAUCAUCGAAAACAUGGUAAUCGAAUUAUACAUGAAAUGUUAACUGGUAUAUGUCGAUCUUCACGCACACUAUUCGAUCCAAACGAAAGCGAAAACAAAAUGGCCAAUAAAAUGCGUCUCUAUCAACAUUCAGCAAGAUGUCCAGCAGCACUUCGUUUGUUUCUCAAUUGCAAUCCGAACUAUUUAUGUUUUAUUCCUAUGGUUCGAUAUCAGGCUCAAGCUAAAAACAUUGCUUAUAUUCGACAAACAAGAGUAAAUUCUGUCUCGUCGGCCACCUCCUCCGCCGCCACCACCACCACCACCACCUCAUCUUCCUUCUAUGAAACAACAGGUGUUCAAUUUAGUAAUUUAACGGCGAUGAGUCCUAUUAGUAGAAAUCCUAGAGUAACUCAUUAUCUUAAUCAUGUACCACUACCACCUUCGACUAUCUAUGAGUUUUCAUAUGAACAAAGACAAGAACAAUAUUUAUUUUUCAAAGAAUUUCUCUCGUCUUCUAAUGAUCAAUUUCCAUAUUCUGUAGUGAACUUGUAUAAAAUAGCAAUUAUUGCCGUUUGUAAGUGCAUAUUGAUUUUGGUUUAUGAUGAUGGUGACUAUAUAUUUUUCUUCUCUUUUUUUUUUCAUUUAUUCAACACUCAUCCAGUGCCUGAUGAUUGUUCGAGUACACUACGAUACAUUAUUGAAACACUGUUCAUUAUUCAUGGUGAAACUAAAUUAAAUAUGAUUUGUCCUAUUGGUGGUGAUCCUGAACAACG